AUGUCGAGACAUUCAUCACGUAAGUGUUCAUUGGCCAUUGAAUCACCAAUAAAUGACGCUUGUAACAAUCCAUUAAAUGCGUUUUUAAUAUACAGUGGAGAUACAGACAUCAACAGCAAUAAUAAUAGUAAUGGUGAUGAUGGGAUGGCUACACCAGAUGAAUCAAUGUCACCAUUAUCAUCAUCAUUAUUGUUAUCCCCAAUGACCCCACCAGGUUCAAGAAAUACAACUCAACCAAGUCACCAACAUUUGGUUAAAUCUCGUCGCCGUCCUUCUAUGAUUAAGUCUACAUCAUUACCCGAAUUAACAGCAAUGUCUACCAAUACUAUUACUUCUCCUCCACUCAGUGCACUUACCACUAAUUCUUCCACGCAUGCAAUAUUGGGUAAUCGACGAAUUUCAAUUUGUGAUUUGGAUAAUUUCACCGGGGAGAUUGAUUAUGUUAAACAACAACAGCACCAACAACAACAACAACAGUUAUAUGGUUCCGAUGCUGCAAAUUUCAUGUAUUGUAACUUAUCAACUAGUGAUAUCGUUCAAACUCCUCGUAAAUUCUCAUUUCAUCAUCGUCCUAAAACUGCUCCAGCAACAAUGCCUGGCAAUGGUAAUGAGACACCAUAUAAUGGUAAUCAUGAAUAUGGACUCAAACAACAAAAGGAGUCUAUGGAAAUAGAAGAGGAAGAAACAGAAGCUGUCCAAGACCCCCAAUUACCAAGACAUUAUAUUGAAAAUUUGGCAAGCUUCCAAUUUCGAAAUCAUAAACGAAGAAAUUCAAUAGCUUUAAAAUUUGAAGAACCGAAAAUAUUGUGA